GCGUUUUGAGGGAGGCGCUGGGGUUGGGAGGCUGACGAGAUCGGCGGCACGAGCCGAGUGACGGGAGACUGGGGUGAUGUAUACGUAGUCGGGGUUUGCAGUUCUGAUACUGUGUCGUACUAUAGUGUGCUCACACAGCACGGGAAUUGUCUUGGUCGAUAUUAUCGAUUUUUCACUAACAGUACACAUGAUUUAUUCAGUAUUUUUGUCGGUUGUAAUUAAAUCCUACACAAUGGCCUUCCAUUGACCAAGGUGGUUUUGGGACACACAUAGUACUGUUUGAAGUUUGGGGUGGUUCAUUUCCGGGAGAGAGCAAAAAAAAACGUCCCUCCCAUCCGACGAGUGAGUGAGCGCUUGGCGUGUGGCGUUCUAGAGUGUGCAUUUCCUGUGUAGAUGUGAAAUGUGGAGGCUGCAGCAGUCUGUCCCCAAUCGAGACGAGCAGACGACACGUUGUGUGAAAGACAUCGCGCUGUGUUCUAUCUACAACGACUUAUAUCUGGCAGUUUUCUAAGAAAGAUCAUGGGGAAAUAUCACUGUUAUAUUACUACCAUGAAAGACAUUUAAUCAAAAGUGUACAUAACAUGAAAACAGAGAAAAUGGAUUUUAUCGGCGCUUCGUGGCAGGCAUAGGGGUGGUACAGGUUGAGAUGACGAUAGAUCAGGUUUAGGGAGUUCAGACCCCUCAAUACAGUGCCCCACUGCUGUUGGCGUUAUGGUCUGUGUAUGGGAACUCCUAUAGAAGAACAUGACAACCGAAUACGAAGGUAUUGGGUAUCACUUGAAACAGCUGGUGGAGCGUUUGCUUCAGCAGAACAUUCCAGACCAAGAAGGGGCCUAUGGCAACUUCAACUACAGACUCACAGGAAUGCGUCUGACCAGUGCUAAGCUGCCACGAGCAUCCCUCUACCCCGAGGCGCUGUUCACGCAGAGAGGGGCGCUGACUAUCAUAGGCAAAUAUGUCUUCCAAUAUAAUUCCUUUAUGACCCACUUUGCAGAAGGUGACUUUGAAGUUCACAUGACGGAGCUGUCUAUUAUUUUCAGACAAAAUCCAGUUCGAAAUAAUUCUGUGUCCCAGCAGCAGCAGCAGGCAGCCAUAAAUCCCGGGGACAUUGACCAAGAUGUCAUCGUGGCCUUUAUACGACAGGGGCGUAUAGAGUGUAAAAUCGGCAAAAUUAAAGCCAAGUUCCACGGAGGAUCGGCAGGACUCUGUCAUUUUGUGUCCAAAUUUUUACUACGUGCCAUGCGGACACAAAUAGAAAACCAGGUUGCUGGUUUCAUCAGAAACCUAAUAAAAGAUGAUGAGGAUAAAGCAAUUAUAGCUAUAUUAGGUCUGUUUGCGCUUAACAGUGAGUCACCUGAGGCAGCACAGCCUGACGAAGGUCGCGGCUUCAGGUCAUCUAUACGAAGGUGGUUUGGGAGGAUGCGGGGCAGUCAGCCUCAAGCUGUGCACUAACACAGAUCAACCCCGUGACCCCAAAAGGUCACGAGGAAUUCACCCAUGCCCCUAUAGAAUGCAAGGCAGUCACAAGUUUGACCUCGAUAGAUCACAAGGCAGUUGCCCAUGACCCUGAUAGGACACAAUGCAGACAACCAUGACUCUGAGAGGUCAAUGGGCAGUCGACCUUCACCCUGGGAGGUCACAUGGUAGUGACCGGUGUCCUAAAUACACAUCAGCUGACAGUGACCAUUCAUACAGUACAGCUAGUCUGUAGAGCUAGACUUAAUAUCAAGGGGCAACAACAGAACAUUUUGUUGCAUCACAUCCUUCAUCAGAGAUAUUAUAUCUUUCCCUUUUUUUGGAAAAAAAAUGGCUGGACCAGAGUUUUAAGUCAAAGAACUGUGUGUAGCUUUAUAUGUGUAUGGAAAAAUCUGGGAAUCUAACAUUUAUUUCAACAGUCUUCAAUAAGAUUCAUUAGUUUGGAAAUA